GUCCUCAAUAUAUAAACUCGGUUUUUAAUUUUUAACCAAAAGUCUUUAUCAUUAAUUUUGGUGCAAUGUUUAUACUAACAGGCUAUAACUAAUAAAAAAAAACACCGAAUAUGAGCUGCAGUCGACGCUACUGCUCCACUUGAUUAUUCGGGAACGUUGCAUGGAAACCCGGCGGCACUUCGCGAUGACCCAAAAACUCGCUGGCAAGAGCCUCUCGCUCGUCGACUUUCCGCUAACCAAUUUCCACCACGGCACAGUCACUGUUGGCAAGUCGGAGGCAGCAGCCACGUGUUGGCCACCCCGUCGCGCGGUCACGAUGGCCGCUCUCGAGUUUGUACGUGACUUCAAGAACCACAAAAUCGUUCCGGACGUAAUUCCCGUCCCGCCGGAAUCGCUGCUCCAGGUGACGUACCCGGGCGAGCACCGCGUCAACCUGGGCAACAUUCUGAUGCCGAAACAGGUCAAGGAUAUUCCGGUGGUGCGGUGGAUGCCACCGGCGGAACCUGCUUCGUACUACACGCUGUGCAUGACCGAUCCGGACGCGCCCUGCCGGACGACGCCAAAGUUUCGCGAGUGGCACCACUGGCUGGUGGUGAACAUCCCCGGAAACGGGGACAUUGACCGUGGCGACGUUCUGUCCGAGUACAUUGGAGCUGCACCGGCCAAAAAGACCGGCCUGCACCGGUAUGUGUUCCUGCUGUACCAACAGCCCAACGGACUGCUCGACUGCGACGAGGCGCGACUGUCCAACAGGAGUUCCCAGGGACGAGGGAAAUUUUCGAUUCAAAAGUUCUCGGAAAAGUACCAGUUAUCUCCAGUUCCGGUGGCCGGCAACUUCUUCCAGGCUCAGUGGAGCGAGUACGUGCCCAAGUUGUACCGUCAGUUGGGACAGUUCCAGAAUGCGUUCUAGCCGGUGUCGGUGAAGGAAGAGAAAUGUAACAUAUGUAGUCCACUGCCACGUGGAGUACGUUGCAUGACAACAUGCAAUUUCGUGCAGCAUAAACAGUUAGAAAGCAUGCGAGACAUACAAACAAGGAUGGGACACUUUGUUUAGUUACGUUUAGUGCCAUGUGUUCGUCAUAUCUGAUAGUUUCAAAGUAUAACAAUUGAAGUAGUAAUGAAGCUUAGAAAAAGAAAAAUAAAUUUAAAAAAGAAAUAAGGUUAGUUUUGAAGAGCAACAAUCAAUUUAACAUAGGGUAUUUGUCCCUAUUUUGGGC